GGGUGGAGCAGGAGGCGGGAUGCGCCGAUGGGAAAAGACGCACCGCUCGUCUAUUGGACCAGACUCAAAAGUGGGCGCACGUAAGCGCCCAGCGAAGCUUGAAGACUUUGCCUCUUUUUCCGGGACAGGAGACAAGAGAGUCCAAGACACCUGUCAGGAGGACUACACGUCCAACAGCUGCUGUAUGAGGCAACCGGAGGCUGCGUGUUUCGCCAUGGAUGCGCUGUUAUCGUUGUUUUAAUCAGUGACCGCGGAGCGUAAAGUUAUUCCGCCGCCGUCUUGUUUUUCUUUGUGUUACAUCCUUUCUCAUGAGUUCGCCGCUGUUUCUGGGUCAGCUGGUCGGGGUCCCCUUAGAAAUAAUGCACCCCACCAUGGAGAAAGACACGACUUACACCAAGAUUUUCGUCGGCGGGCUGCCUUAUCACACCAACGACGCUUCACUUCGGAAAUAUUUCGAGACUUUCGGGGACAUCGAUGAGGCGGUGGUGAUCACGGACAAGCAGACUGGAAAAUCCCGAGGAUACGGCUUUGUGACCAUGGUGGACAGGGGGGCAGCAGAGCGGGCGUGCAAAGACGCAAACCCAAUCAUCGACGGCAGGAAGGCCAACGUGAACCUGGCGUACCUGGGAGCAAAGCCCCGCAGCUCACAGACAGGCCUUUCUGUGGGAGUUCAGCAAGUACAUCCUACGUGGGCUCAGAGGCAAUACGGGCUCACCCAGCAGUACGUCUACCCCCAGGCGUUCCUCCAGCCCAGCCUGUUGCUGCAGUCUCACCUCAGUCCCACGGCGGCAGCGCUCACCUCCCCUUACCUGGACUACAGCUCCGCCUACAGCCCCUAUGCCCACACAGGACUGGAGCAGUACCCCUACACCCCCUCACCGUCGCCCUCUGCUGGCUACCUCAGCUACAGCUUCUCCCCCGGCACGCCAGCGCCCGCUCUCACCACGUCGCCGACCCCUCCGGCUGCCCUCCAUCCUUCUCUGGCUGCGCUCACCACUGUGUCUGCCGCCCCGCAGGCCUUCCUCCACUACCCUCUGCACCAGCCCGACCGCAUGCAGUGAGCAGCCCUGAUAAAGGCUGCAGCUGCAGACCUGAGGAUGCAAAACAGUGUGACUAUUUACCUGUGACAUCAUCAUAAAGAGACUGGAUAAGUGGGAGAGAGUGCGAUGUGAUCAAAAGGGCUUUUUGAAUGCACUCUCACUCCUGUUUUUUUUUUUUUUUACAUAUUAUUGUUGUAAUAGUUCAUGAAAAUGUUCUUCUGCUAUUGUCAUCUGCGUACACUCUGAAUGUUUAUCAUGAGCGGCAGAAGUCAGAGACAGGAAUUAGACGACUGGUAAUCUUCUGGGUGUUUCUCUCCCACCGCUGAGUUUGUUGGCAGUCUAACUGCUUAAAGAGCGAAUGGGUAAAGACAAUGAGAAAUAUGUCUGUUUGACAUGAUGCUGCAGCUGCAGUUUCUCCAGAGGACUGAGCUGAAUGCUGGAUUUUAGCCAGAGAGCCAGUUCCUCUUCCAGGUCCAAUUACCUCCUCUUCAAGGUUACCUUUCUGUCUAUGGCCUUAGAUAUCUCUCUCUGUACCUGGUUCAGUAUGUCAUUUUUAUUAAGUCUUUCAUGUCUUAUGAACAAGAUGUUUAUUAUACUGCCCUUUGUUGCUUUUAUCUACCGCCGGCAAGUUAAAACAUGGUAAUUAUCACACAAUAUGCAAUUACGAUGACAAAGGAUGAGCAUAAAGAAGGUAGACAACACUGGUUUAUUACUAUUAUUAUUAUUAUCAUUAUUAUCAUUAUUAUUAUUGCUAGACCAUUAUCCAGACUAGGACUUUAACACUUAAAACAUUUGUCACAGAACCCCCUGUAGCUGCUUUUUAGACUUUCUUGACUUUUGGAGAAAGAGCGUCCACGGACCUGACUGUUUCUGUGAUAUUCAGUUACAUAGAUGUCAAUACAUAUCAAGUAAACGUGUUUGGAUUUAAGGUGCCCUGAAAUUUGUACGUGUCUGUGUGUUGGCUGUCUGUGUGUGAGCGAGAGAGAAACAGAUUGAUUGAUGCAGUAUACGCCAGUGUCAGGACGGAGCUCCCUUUUUCCAGCCACUUGUACUGGUCAGAGUCGUUUCAUUGUUUGUUAUUUUUUCCCCCCCAGCUGCAGAAUACAGACAGAUGCUUCAGCAAUGAUAAUGGAGUCUCUCGGUGCUGUGGCGCCACCUUGGUAGUCCAAGUCAUCACAUUUUAAACAAAUAUGCAAAAUAAAGUGGAUAUUUCUAAACGA